AUGACCGCUACGACAGAGAUAACGACGACGUCGAGCAAAUUUCAGCUGCCAGAUGAGGUCGUAACGCAUCCUCUAGUACUUCUUAGUAUCGUAGACCAUUACAACCGUGUUGCACGUGAUACAAGCAAGCGUGUCGUAGGCGUUCUACUUGGCUCGACGUUCCAUGGCAAAUGUGACAUUACAAAUUCAUUUGCUGUCCCAUUUGAUGAAGAUUUACGUAACCCUGAAAUUUGGUACUUGGAUCAUGAUUUUCUUGAAAGUAUGUACCAUAUGUUCAAGAAAAUCAAUGCCAAGGAGCGCAUUGUGGGUUUUUAUAGCUCUGGUCCAAAAAUCCGAAAAGCGGAUUUGGAUAUUGACGAUUUAUUUCGUCGAUAUUGUCCAAAUCCAGUGCUGGUGAUCUGUGACGUGCGACCAAAUGUCGAAGGACUACCAACUACGGCCUAUGGCUCUAUUGAGGAGGUUGAGGAGGAUGGAAAAGCCAUUAAACGUGUUUUUAAGCACGUUAAGUCCACUGUUGGAGCUUAUGAGGCCGAAGAAGUCGGUGUUGAGCAUCUUUUACGUGAUAUUAAUGACCCAUCGGUCACUUCAUUGGCUGGACAAGUCAAGCACAAGAUGACGGCACUUAAUGGGCUGAAGGAACGACUGGAGGAGAUGAAAACGUACCUGGAGAACGUUGUGGCUGGACGUCUCCCACCCAAUCACCAGAUCAUUUACAACAUGCAGACGAUCUUUAAUUUGCUGCCAAAUCUGAACGUGGACGAGCUUGUGCGCUCCAUGUUCAUAAAGACAAACGACAUGCAUUUUGUGAUUUACUUGUCUUCGCUGAUUCGCUGCACAAUUGCACUCCACAACCUCGUGAAUAACAAGAUAAAGUACAAAGAGUCGGAGGAGGUCGGUUUUACGGAGAAGAAAGAUGAAAAGAAGGACGAAAAGAAGGAGUCUGCUGCCACCGACAAGGCAAAUAAGACGAGCGAGAAGGCCCCAUAG